AUAAGAAGGCACCAGAUAAAGAAUAAAAUAUCUUUGGAAGCUAUUUUAUAAAAAUAAAUAAAUAAAUAAAUGUAUAGAAGGUGACAACAAAGUAUGGGAGGUGGUUAUCAUUGAAUGCCUUUUUCCCCCCUAUGUUUCUAUUAAAAUCCCGUUAAGGGUUGCAUUAUUAGAGCCACGACCUUGAAUCCUGAUCAUUAAGUUGAAUGUCAAUCUUCUUGUCUCCCUGAAUCUUCUACUCUGUCCUAAAGCUGUAAGAUUUUGCAUAGCUGCAAAACUUCAUGCUUUGAAGCUACCUUUUUCCAUUUUACAUAUGCAUUACUUAGAGGAAUGAAUGAUAAGCCUAUUAUAUAUAAAAGGCACAAAAAUAACUUGAAUUAAGGUAGCAAAUUGUACUUUGAAGCUCCAAGUUGUUCGGAAAUUCAUGGAGCAACAAGAAAAGAUGGAAACCACUCCACCCAUUCCUAUCCUCCCAAGAUUGGAUCGUCUUGAUGUUUUGCUGCAGUUUAUAGAAGAGAAGCAUAGCUUGUCAGGAGGGCAAUCGGGUUGUCAAGCAUUGAGAAAUAUAGAAACAGAAAACCAGUACAAAACUCUGUCAUCUGCAGUAGAGGAAGUUCAUCAUAAAGGCACACUGAUGGAGCGAGUAGCUAUGCUUGAGAACAGAGUUUUACAGCUAUGUCUAGAGAUGGAUGUAGGAAACACAUCAGGGUCUAGUUGUUCCACAAUUAUAGUGCCUGAAAAUUUUGGUGAUGAAUCUGGAUCACUGCUAGUUACAGGGAAGGAUGAGGGUGAAAAUUGCUUCACCCUCGAAAGCAAACAAGGACCAUGCACAAGUCAAGAAGGCGAUUUUUCGGAGGCAUGUCCAAUAAGAAAGCCACAGCGUUGCAAAGGACGGAAAAGAAUUGCCUCCAAAUCCAACCGCUACAGGGAACGGUUUAGAUGGCUCCGCCUGGGAUGUUAGUCGUUUAUCCACCAAAAAGUGCAAACUUUAUUGAUUUCAAUGCCCUUACCGGCCUGCAUCAAUGAUGUUACUUUCUUUCCUUUCAUGUCCUGUUCAAUUCCCUGUAAUAUUUAUUUACUGUCGGAACGAAUUAUUACUCUUUUUUCCCAGUCUUUUUUCCCAGUCUGAAUGGUCAAAGUUUAACUUUGGGUAGUAAAUAAUUUUAUACCUUAUUGCGAAUCCAUAAGUAAUAAAUAAAUAAAUUGCAUGAUUUGUUUGGGA